CACGUAUGCUUGUAUGGUAAACAUGUGAUUGCCAAGGGUUGUUCAGUGCCAAACCCAGGCAGCUUCAAUUGCUGGAUGCAUGGGUUUUGCAGUUCUGCUGCACUCAGCUAACCUGGAAUCCAGAUGAUCACUAUUCAUGAUGUUGACAGUUACAUUCUUGGCUGCUUUUGUUCUUACUACAGUAAGUUCACAGGAAACUGAGGAAACCAUAACAUACACGCAAUGUACAGAUGGCUAUGAAUGGGAUCCCUAUAGGCAGCAGUGUAAAGAUAUUGAUGAAUGUGAAAUUGUCCCAGAUGCAUGUAAAGGUGGGAUGAAAUGUGUUAACCACUAUGGAGGAUACCUCUGUCUACCUAGAACAGCCCAAAUUAUUGUAAAUGAGCAAGAUGCAGCAACUGCUGAUUCCGCUGGUGGACGGAACAGUGUAAUUCGACGUACACCUGUGGAUGUUCAGCAAGGACCUCCAAAUCCAACUCAUCAAAUACAAUGUGCAACUGGGUAUGAGCAAAGUGAACAUAAUGUAUGCCAAGACAUAGAUGAAUGUGCAACAGGAGCCCAUAAUUGCAGGGCAGAUCAAGCAUGUGUCAAUUUAAGAGGGUCCUUCAGAUGCCAGUGUCUCCCUGGUUUCCAGAAACGAGGAGAACAAUGCAUUGACAUCGAUGAAUGCACCCUCCCUCCAUAUUGUCACCAUAGAUGUGUGAACACUCCUGGGUCCUAUUAUUGCCAGUGCAAUCCAGGAUUUCAAUUAGCAUCAAACAACCACACUUGUGUAGACAUAAACGAAUGUGAUGCCAAUAACCCAUGUGCGCAACAAUGUUACAAUAUACUUGGUUCUUUCAUCUGUCAGUGUAAUCCAGGAUUUGAGUUAAGCAGUGACAGAAUCAACUGUGAAGAUGUUGAUGAAUGCAGAACUUCAAGUUACAUAUGUCAGUAUCAAUGUGUCAAUGAACCAGGGAAAUUCUCAUGUGUCUGCCCUGAAGGAUACCAAGUAGUAGGAGGUAGAACAUGCCAAGAUAUAAAUGAGUGUGAGACCACAAAUGAAUGCAGAGAGGAUGAGAUGUGCUGGAAUUACCAUGGUGGAUUUCGGUGUUAUCCAAGAAAUCCUUGUCAAGAACCCUAUGUCCUGACAUCUGAGAAUCGCUGUGUUUGCCCGGUGUCAAACACCAUUUGUCGAGAGCUGCCCUACUCUAUUGUAUACAAAUAUAUGAGUAUCCGCUCAGACAGAAAUGUGCCCUCUGAUAUUUUCCAAAUCCAGGCAACCACUAUUUAUCCCAAUACUAUUAAUACUUUCCGAAUUAAGUCUGGAAAUGAAAAUGGAGAGUUCUACCUGAGACAAACAAGUGCACUAAGUGCAAUGCUCGUAUUGGUGAAGUCACUGUCAGGACCAAGAGAACAUAUUGUAGAUCUGGAGAUGCUGACAGUCAACAGUUUGAACUAUCGUACAAGCUCAGUGCUAAGAUUAACAAUAAUAGUGGGACCUUUUGCAUUUUAGUUGUCAUCAGUGACCCUUCACUGGCACCUAAAACAGCCAAAGAAUAUUAUCAAAGAAAGCACUUACUAUUUUAUUUAUAGAUUUUGCUUUUUUUAGAUUUAUUUAGUAAAUUGAUAUCUGUAAUCCACACAUUACACCUGUAACUCAAAAUUAGUACGUGUUCCAUAUUAUAAUGUGAGCAUUGUCACUUUCUGUAUAAAGAUUAAAAUCUUGCCUCUCUUAUCAUACUUGGAUUAAACACCUGUUACACUUCUAUACGAGACAUUUAUGCUUACACUUUUGUAAAAGUUCACAUUCUUUUCCUAGCCAAGUAAUUCAUGCAAUUAAAAAAGUGAUCUAUGUUUAUAAUAGUUUUAAAUUCUAAUUCAGCUCCACUGACAAUCUCAAAACGAAAAAGUAAUAUAAAAUUAAAUGCUAUACAAAUUUAAAGAUUAUUUUAACAGGUUAAAUUUACUUCUUUUUAACUGCCUUAUGAGAGAAGAGAGCAGUCAAUACAGAACUAUUUCUUUAGAUACAUAUGUUCUAUUAUCAGGGUUUUUUGGUCCAAAUCUGGUUGUAGUAAAUUUACAUGGCAAGAAAAGUAUAUUUUGCACUGGGUGUUCCUUAAGCACCAGAUAUUAUGCAGAUUUUUCUAAAUAUACCAUACAGUUAUAUUUUAUCUUAUCCAUGAAAAAUGGGACAUGAUAGGAAAACUUCUACUAAGAAUGAAACACUCAGUGGAAAAUCAUCAUACUGAAAAAUAUCUCUGUAUGAAUAUCACUGUUUAAGAGAAUACUACCUAUAGUUUGUGUUCGGAAGGUUACUGCAUUUCUGGAAAAAAAUAACAUGCUACUUUUCAGUUUUGUUGUAUACUAAGGAUUUAUAACAUUUGCUUCAUUAGUAAAUUAUACCAUAUAUUUUCAAGCAGUUGGUUCUAUUCCUGGUUUUUAUCAUUCAGAUUUUUGGUCUUAUGUACAGUGUUCAUAAAAUUUGUAGUAAUUCAAGAACUAAUUACAUCUGGUUUUGUAAUAUUUUAAAACUUCAUUUCUUGUUUAAAAUAUAAUAGUUUAUACUUUGAUGUACAGAGUUUUUUAAUAAAUAAAUCUCUCUCU